UUUCAGCAGUUGAUGUUCAGGCACGUAGCUGUGGACUUCUCUCAGGAGGAGUGGGAAUGCCUGGACUCUGAACAGAGGGACUUGUACAGAGAUGUGAUGUUGGAGAACUACAGCAACAUGGUCUCACUGGGACUUUGCAUUUAUCAGCCAGAUGUGUUCUCUUUACUGGAGAAGGGGAAAGAGCCCUGGAGGGUUUUGAAGGAUGAGACAAGAGGACCUUGCACAGAUAUGCAGUCCAGGUAUCAGACCAAGAAGUUAUCACAAAAAAACGGCGUUUUUGAGAGAGCAUUAUCUCAAUGUGAAAUAAUGGAAAUUUGUAAAAAACACAGCAUUGAGUGUUUAUGCUUUAGACGUGAUUUGGAAAGCAAUGGUCAGUUUGAAACACAGCAGGAAAAUCAACAAGAAUGUUUUAAGCAGAUUAUACUCACCUAUGAAAAAAUGUCCACUUUUAACCAGGACACAGCUUUUAAUCUACAACAGAAACUUAAUACAGGAAAGAAACUGAAUGAAUUUAAAGAGUAUGGGAAAGCCUUUUCUUCUAGCUCAGACUGUACUCAACACCAGUUAAUUCACACUGGUGAGAAAUUUUGUGAAGAUAAGGAGUGUGAGAAAACCUUUCUUCCUGAUUCAGAACUCACUCCAUGUCAGACAGUUCACACUGCUAAGAAAACAUAUGAAUGUAAAGAAUGUGGGAAGGCUUUUAGUUUGCGUUCAAGUCUUACUGGUCAUAGGAGAAUUCAUACUGGUGAAAAACCUUUUAAAUGUAAGGAAUGUGGGAAGGCCUUUAGAUUUCAUUCACAACUUAGUGUCCAUAAGCGUAUUCAUACUGGUGAGAAAUCUUAUGAAUGUAAGGAAUGUGGGAAGGCCUUUAGUUGUGGCUCAGACCUUACUCGACAUCAGCGAAUUCAUACUGGUGAAAAACCCUAUGAAUGUAAUGAAUGUAGGAAGGCCUUUAGUCAGCGAUCACAUCUUACUAAACAUCAGAGAAUUCACACUGGUGAAAAACCUUAUGAAUGUAAGGAGUGUGGGAAAGCUUUUACUCGUGGCUCACACUUAACUCAACAUCAGAGAAUUCAUACCGGUGAGAAAUCUCAUGAAUGUAAGGAAUGUGGAAAAGCCUUUAUUCGUGGUUCAAAUCUUGCUCAACAUCAGAAUGUUCAUGUUGGUAGGAAACCCUAUGAAUGUGAGAAAUGUGGGAAAGCCUACAUCUGGAGUUCACAUCUUGCUCGACAUCAGCGAAUUCAUACUGGGAGGAAACCUUAUGAAUGUAAGCAAUGUGGGAAGACUUUUAUUUGGGCCUCAUAUCUUGCUCAACAUGAGAAAAUUCAUAAUGAGAAGAAACUCUAUGAAUGUAAGGAAUGCAGAAAGACCUUUCUUCAUGGCUCAGAGUUUAAUCGACAUCAGAAAAUUCAUACUGGUGAGAGAAAUUAUGAAUGUAAGGAAUGUGGAAAGACCUUUUUUCGUGGCUCUGAACUUAAUCGGCAUCAGAAAAUCCAUACUGGAAAGAGACCAUAUGAAUGUGAAGAAUGUGGAAAAGCCUUUCUCUGGUGUUCGCAACUUACUCGACAUCAGAGAAUACACACUGGUGAGGAACCUUAUGUAUGUAAAGAAUGUGGGAAAUCUUUUAUCUGGGGUUCACAGCUUUCACGACAUAGGAAAAUUCAUACUGAUGCAGAACCCUGUGAAUGUAAGGAAAGUGGCCAGAUCUUCAGUCACUAUUCAUAUUUUACUGAAGAGAAAAUUCACAAUGGUGAGAAUCUCUAUCAAUGGAAAGACUCUGGGAACCCCUUUAAUUGUGACUCAGACUUUGCCCAACACCAGAAUAUUUACACUUUCAAGAAAUCCUAUGAAUACAAUGAUUUUGAGGCAGCGUUUUCUCCCGGCUCUAACUUGAUUUCACUCUUGUGAAAUCUUAUGGUACAAAAAUGUAGGAAAAGCUUUAUUCAUGACUCAUUAAUUGAUGUCAGUUAAUUCCUUCUUUUGAGAAACCCCAGAAGUGUAAGUAAUAUUAGAAAAUCUUUUGACAGAGCACACAACACACUGAACAGAAGAGAAUUCAUAAUGCAAUGUAUAUAAUACAGGAAAGCAUUUAUGGAUUGGUCGUCGGUUAUGGACUAUCAAGGUAAAACUUAUGAAUGAGAUGAUAGUGUCAAUUCCUUCUGAAUCAUUCUCAAAACAUUCUCACAUCAUUGAUAUUAAGCUGCAUAGAAUUUAAAUCCAAUUCAUCUAGGGAAACCUUCCAUCACUACUUAAAUCUUGUUGCAACCCCAAAAUCAUACCAAAGGUGAAUUAUUGUUAUGUAAUUAAUCUGGAAAAGCUUCAAGUUUUGUCAUACAACUUAUUUAGCAUGUCUUAGUUUCAACAAAACUUACCUCUGUAUUUUUUGGAAAGUAACUUAAAUCUGUUUUGCUUACUUGUCAGAUUAUAAAGGUUAAAUGAGUUUGAGGAUUUAAAUGACUUUAUGACCAUUAUUAAUAUUAGUAUUAGACCAUAUCUAUGAGAGGAAGACCUUAAGAGUAUGAUUGUAGAAAAUAGGCCAUUUGUAUGUGUGUCUUAUUGAACAGCAGAAUGUUAAUUCUGAAGAAAAAAACAGUAAAAUAGAAUGAAGGGAAGAAAGCUUUGAAUCAGUAUUAAUUUCAUUUGCUACAUCAAAAAAUUUAUACUAUAAAUAAAGCCUUAUGGUUUUAGUGAAAGUGGGGUUGCAUGCUCAGCAUUUUUUUUUUAGAAAAGGCAUUCAGAAGUGAUUCGUCUCUGACAGAUUGCUAAAGCCAAUUGUCAUAUCCAUUUUAUGACCACAAUUAAAGUGUAGAAAUUAGAAAAUAGCCAAAUGAAUUUUGGCCUCUCAGAAAUUUAUCACUACAUAUAUAAACAAUUCUAAGAUUAAUGAGCAAAUCGAAAAUGAAAUUACAGGCUACUUAGAUGUGAAUGAUAAUGAGACUCCUGUAUAUGAAAUCCUGUGAAUGUGACCAUAGCAGUUCUCAAUGGAAAUUGCUCUAUAUAAAACCAAGAAGAUUGAGGGCAGUUUAUUUCUUGUCACCACUGUAUCUCCAGCACUUAGGACAGUGCCUGUCAUAUUGUGGGGUCCAAAUAUUUGUCAGGUUAAAUAACGAUUACUCAGUUAAACAAGCUAGAGUAAGAGCAGAUGCCCCAAAUGAAUUGAUGGAAAGGUUUAAUGAAAAUAAAGCAAAAAUCAUGGAAUAAAGAACAAUACAGAAAGUGUGUUUUUGAUUGAGGUUAACAUUGGUUUAUGUGAAGGUUUUUUAUUUUAAAUCAAAAUGUUUCUUUGAAGAAAACUGUUAUUUACUAGACUUUGGCAAUGCCUCCACAUUAUGAUAAGAAAGGAGAAAUAUGAUAUAACUAUAUGUUUAGAGGAUUUUUUAAUGGUCAUGUAAAUGUAUAUAAACUUUACUAGACAUUUUUAAAUAUAGAGAAUAUGGUUUAUUUUCU